AUGUCUGGACGCGGCAAGCAGGGCGGCAAGGCGCGCGCCAAGGCCAAGACGCGCUCGUCGCGGGCCGGGCUGCAGUUCCCCGUGGGCCGCGUGCACCGGCUGCUGCGCAAGGGCAACUACGCGGAGCGCGUGGGCGCCGGCGCGCCCGUGUACCUGGCGGCCGUGCUCGAGUACCUGACGGCCGAGAUCCUGGAGCUGGCGGGCAACGCGGCGCGCGACAACAAGAAGACGCGCAUCAUCCCGCGCCACCUGCAGCUGGCCAUCCGCAACGACGAGGAGCUCAACAAGCUGCUGGGCAAGGUCACCAUCGCGCAGGGCGGCGUGCUGCCCAACAUCCAGGCCGUGCUGCUGCCCAAGAAGACCGAGAGCCACCACAAGGCCAAGGGCAAGUGAGCAAGCGCGGCCCGGCCUGCGCCCGCACCAAAGGCUCUUUUCAGAGCCACCACGGCGUCCACGGAAGAGCUGAGCACUAGUGAAUACUUGGAAGAUAAAGCACGGACACACAGCAGUGCUGGGUGUUGCAGACACAGAGAACCGGCUCUUGUCCCCUGGUCACUCCCCGCACGGCCACACAGACAGGUGGCCGAUGUGAAGCCAG